UCUUUGUGUCAUGAAUUGGUGCAAGGAGAAUCAGUUGGUCCAAAAAACGAGGUUUGCGAGGAGGUUGGCCCUCAACAACCUCUUCGUUCAUCAUGAGGAUUUUAAGCUGGAAUUGUAGGGGGAUGGGCCAAGCCCCUACAGUUCGAACAGCAAGGAACCUGGCCCAGCAGCACUGAGCUUACCUUCUUUUUCUCAUGGAAACAAAAUGUAGUGUUCACAUUCUUGAAGGGUUUGCUCGGAAGAUGGGGUUCAAGUUUUGGGCUGGAAUUGAUGCGAUUGGGCUGGCGAUGGGUAUUUGGGCGGCAUGGGAUGAUUGUUGUUCUGUUGAGGUGAUUCGAUGCCAUCCGAGAUUCAUUCUUUUGAGAGUAAUAGAUGAGAUGCGAAGAUGUUGGUCGUUGGUCAUUUUAUAUGGUCAUCCUUAUUUGUGUCAUCGGAAAGAUACUUGGGAAUUUUUGGGCAAAGUUCUGGUAAAUUUUGAUUUGCCACUUAUGAGUGUGAGGGAUUAUAACCAAGUUCUUGAUCCAUCAGAUAAGCAUAGUACAUGUUCAAGAGGGCUGGUGGAUGUGGAGUGGUUUAGAGAGUUUGUGGAAAAUUUUAAUCUUGCGAAUAUUCCGGGGUUUGGUGUUCAUUUCAUAUGGACCAACAAUCGAAAAGGAAGGGAUGUCACUUUUGAAAGACUAGAUCGAGCUAUGGCUAAUCCUUUGUGGCUGGAGUUCUUUCCAUUGGCUGCCUUGUUUGUCUACUCUAUUCUUCAUUCGGAUCAUAGUCCGCUACUGGUGGAUACUCAAUGGGUGUUUCGAAGGAGUGGUAGGGGCAGACCGAGAAGAUUUAAAAGAGGUGGUUGUUUGUGGUCCUGUGGAUGAUGUGGGCCACAUUAUGCGGCGUGUUUGGGAGCAGUCAAUUCAGGGGUUCGUUGCUUUCAAGGUGGUGCAGAAGCAGAAAUUGUUGAUGCGACAUUUGUCUAAUUGGAAUGAGCUUUCGUUUAAACAUCUUCGGAGAAAGCUAAAGGAUGCUCAAUUGGAAUUGGAAGGUAUUCAGAAAUCUCUGAGGGAUGUUGGUGCAAAGAAGUGGCAUGUGGUGGAGCAACUAGUAAUUAGGGAUCAACAACUCCGCUUGCAAAUCGAUCAAUUGUUAGAACAACAAGAAAUGCAUUGGGCGCAGAGGGCAAAGGAAAGACGGCUGGCUCUUGGCAAUAGGAAUUCUAAAUUUUUUCAUAAGGCGACAACUAUUAGGAUGCGAUGGAAUUGGAUUAUGUGUCUUAAAGGGAAUGAUGGCCAUUUGUGCAUGAUCCAGAGGCUAUUGAGCAAUUAUUUUUAUCCCAUUGCAAGGCCCUUUUUCAGUGUGAGUCAGAUGGCGGUUUUGGGGGCAGCUUAAAUAAAGGGCCAGCGGAACCGGAAGCCACUCCAGCUUGUUUUCAGCCUCUUUCAGCAUUGGGGGUGCACUUGUCAUCUGAUCAAGUGCGAGACCUGGAAGCUCCUUUUGUUGAGGCUGAAGUGUGUGAAGCUGUGUUCCAGAUGGGGGGUACGAAAGCUCUGGGUCCGGAUGGGUUCGUUGCAGGCCUAUCAAAAAAAUUGGGACUGUGUGGGCGGUGAAGUUACUCAAAUGGUCUUGGCUUUCCUUCAUUCGGGAUUCACUGCAGCAAAGUUUGGGAGAGGCUUAUCGCACUCUGGUGUUGGUGGGAAGGGUUAUGGGUGGUUCUGGGUUGAAGGAUGGGAUUCGGGGGGCUGUGGGGUGCUGGUUCGGGUUGUGGCAAGCAGAGAGUUGUUUUGAAGAGCAGUUUAGGUGAGGUAAAUGCUGUUAGGAGGCUGCUUGCGGAUGGGCGUGGGAUAAGAAGUACUCCUAGGAAGGUGCGGUUGCGUGGUGUUCGGUUGGUGACGGUGAAGAAGUCCGGAAUGAAGGAAGAAGAGAAGUUUUUGUAAGCUCAGUGCUCAUGGCGGAGGCUCUCGCCGUUUGGUACGCGCUAGCUUGGGCUUUUGACGGGGGAUGGUUGUCCGUGGAUAUUUGCUCGGACUGCUUGGUUUUGGUGCAAGGUUUUCAGAAGGCUAAUUGAGUUCAUCCCUUGGUUAGGAUUAUUUUGUCUGAUAUUGUUCAUUUGGCUUGUAAGUUUAAUUAUGUUGUUUCUAAGGUUUCAAGGACUGAGGUUAGAGCAGCCCAUGCUCUAGCUAAAGAUGUAAAUUAUCAGGUUUAGUGUGUUUAAUGUUA